GGAACCCGACCGGCUGGCAUUAGUAUCACAUUGACGCCCAUGUGUAAACCCAACAUAUUUGUGUCUGUUUUGCAAAAUUGUUCAAAUACUUGAAAUAUUUAAAUAAUCCAAUGGUGGUGUUAGUCUACAGUUGCCCAUCGUUGGCAAAUUGCAGUUGGCAAGGUCGACGCGAUGAAAUCGUUGAUCAUUUUCGCACUAAACACGUUGAGCUGUUGCUGACUGAGAAUGAAUUCAGACUAGCCGUGCCCAGUUUUGACAUCAACGAACUUAAUCGCCCUUGUACAGUUACCUUCGAGUACGCCAUCAAUUAUUUACUGUGUGAUCAGGAUGAAGUGUACUUGCUGCAAGUUAACGUCGUCAAUGGCUUGGCGACGAUUCAAAUACGGUAUUCCGGAAGUGCGCUUGAAGCCAGCAAGAAAAAGUAUUCAAUUGAGGUGAGGUCAAGGGAAAUGGUCCAGUUUAGUAAUGGUCAAUCAAGUACAUUCUACUCAGCUGUCAAGAAUCAACCUGGAAUGAUUAACAUUGAUGCAAAAUUUUUGAGAAAAGCUUGGAAGGUGAAUGAUUUUUUGCUAUGCAGGAUAUUCUUCGAAGAAGCGCCAUCUGAAUCAAAACAGGAAGUGGUACCACCAAAGAGACCCAUUUUGUAUAUGUCUAAGUCAUUGGAGGAUGUUAGUUUAUUGAAGGAGGUUUUCCAAGAUAAUAAACCAAAUGACCAGCAGGAGGAAAUCGUAGUAAAGCGGAAAAAAGAUGGCGCUAGUUUAAUAAGAUCCGCCAGUGAACAAACCCAUUCCCGCCCAGACCGGAAGUCUAUUUUCAGAUCAAGUAAAAUCUUCAAACGCAAAUCCAUUUAUAAAUCAGAUACAAGUCUUUUCUACACCAAUGAAGACUUUUUAGAUGGGUCUGAAGAUGUGGACGAAUUGAUAGACCUAGCUGAAGAUAGAAUAUCUUUACUCAAAGAUUACAGGUGUAAUAGAUGUGAGAUAUACAUUGUGGGACCUAUCUACCGAUGUGAUAACAACCAUAGUGUAUGUCAUCCUUGUAUGGAAGAAAAUGGAACUUGUUCUGACAGUUGUUUAGCUGCAUUAAGUACUGAUCAACGAAGUCUCCUAUUGGAAAAGACCAGAGACUUCACUAAACUUCCAUGUAGAUUUGAGGGUUGUUCAGUAUCUGCACUGGGAGCAGAACUACAACAACACCAAGUCCAAUGCAAUCAUUGUGUUUACAUGUGUCCUGAAUGUUCCUCAUGUAUUGGGAAGUAUGGUGAUGUGGAGAAGCACUUCCGGAUUGUCCACCCGUCUGUAAAACGCUUGACUAUUUUGGAGUUUCCCAUUCCGGCAAAGUCUUCUUUUCUGGUAAUACACCCACAAGGGGUUUUCUACUGCAGUAGCUCCGAGAAAGAUGAUAAUGUUGUUGAUUGGAAGGUUGAACACUGCGGACAUGUCAACAUUUACUUUGAAUGCCUGAUUAGUUUGAAGAAAACUAGUUUUCCUCUGACUCCUGUCAAAAAUGAGAAAAAUAUCCUCAAGGUUUCCCGAUCUAUGUCGAUCAAAGAGAAGAAACAGAAGUCUGGAGCGUUUUUAAAAAUUAUUGUUUAUCAGCCACAUGUAUAAUUAAAAGAUUAAUUAUAUGAUAAGAUUA